AUGCUGAAACCUUCUGAAGAAGUUUUAACAGAUUUCAAAUCAAAAGUAUUAGGAGGAGAAGGCAUGUUCGAUGUAGUUGUUAGUCAUCCGUAUUUUGUUGACUUUUGGAAUGACGGAGAUACUGAUACAGUUGAAUUAAUCUUAAAUAAUUUCGAUAGAGUUAUAGAAACAUCACUAUUUCUUUUAACACAGAAAACAGAUGUUAUUAAUGCAUGUCUUUCUAUUAUUUACUCAAUAAGAACAAAAUCAUCAAUUCCUCGUCUUCUUGAAACGAAUAUGUUUGAUAUCUUAGUCAAAACCGCUGAGAACCUCAUAAAUUCUACCGGAGCAACUCAACAUAUGUACUUUGUUAUCAUGGAAUGUUUUUCAAAUUGUUCAACAAAGUUAUUACCAUGUUUUUCAACAGAAAAUUAUAUUAGGUCUCUUCUGAAAGCCAUAUCGAUUACUGAAUGCUACGAUUUUGUUCUAAAUUUACUCAAAAAUGGUAACGUCAAUCAUAUUCUUUCAGAUAUACACUUUAUGAAGCUACUUGUAGAAGAAAUUACAUUAUCAGGCAAUAACAUGAAGAAUGCACAAUCUAUCUUUAUUAUAGGAAUGACUACUCCUCUUGUUUCAGAAAUGAAUUCUGCAUUGUUAUCAAACAAGAACAUUUCCAUAAUCAUUAAGAACUGUAUAGCAUAUAAAACCAAUGAUUCACUAAUAUUUUUACGAAAAAUCUACCAAUUAUCGAUAAAAUCAAAAGGAUGGGAAGAAAUAUCGACAAUUAUUGAAAAUUCCAUCGAGACAAUUACAAAAUUAGCAUUAGAAGAACCAGUAUUCAACAGUUUCCUUGAAAAUACAACGAAACUCGCUUGUAUUAUUUUCAGAAAAACUGAAGAUGACUCAAUCAUCAUAGAUAAGCUCUUUAAGAGGCUUGCGAAUGAUUUCUUUACACUUAAAACCAAUACUUUCCUCCAUAAUUCCUUUGUAGACUUGAUCCAAGCGUAUAAUGAUACAAAAACUCUUUCCAGGUCACUGAUAAAGGAAACUAAGUUGUUCGAACGAAUUAUGGCUAUCGUAAACGUUGACGAUAACUCGAAUACGAUUGUCCUUGGCCAAGCAAUGAACAUUGCCAAAAUUAUUGAUCCAUUUAUCAAGACAAAGGAUGCGGAUAUCAAUAAUUGGAAGGCGUGCAUGAAGAAGAUUAAUGAAAGGCAGAAGAUUAUCAAGUCUAACUACGGAGGAAAGCGACAAAAGAAGAAAAUUGAAAAUAUUAUAAGUGGCAACGUGGUACUUGCCAUAACUACAUCUGUUAUUGUUACUAUUAUAUACAUUGUAUUAAUUUUAAUUGUCUUGAAAAUAUUCAAGGCGUGGAAAAAGAAAAAAUAA